UGCUCCGUACAAAAAGCGGGAGAUAAAAGAGAUACCUUGCAAAAUUGACAUUUUUUGGUUUUUCUGACCUUGUUGGAAUAGUUUUUGAAGUAUGUCUGAUGAUCAAAAAGACACACAAGCUUCGGGAACCGACCCAAAAAAUGAGAAACAUGAUGAGCAAGAAGUGGCAGAUGCCACCGAUCCGAGUAAAACACCCACAGAUGGUAACAAAGAUGCAACCGACCAAAAGAAAACAUCUUCAAAUGAAAACAAAGAUGCAACCGACCCAAAACAGACACCAACAGAUCACAAAGAUGAACAUAUCCCGCAGAACAUUGCCUCUGUUUUGCAACACAUUCGGGACCCAAAGUUAAUCAAGGACUUUAGCGCAGCCUUGCAAAGUUUCUCACUCGGACGUCAUACGUCGAACGGCCAUUCUGCCUCAGAGACAGUUCAGGCCUCGAACGGGGAAAAAGAGCACGCAAAAAUGCAGUAUAACCUUCCUCCCGAUGUGAAAGACAAAAAAAAGAAACUCCUCAUUGGACACGGUAUCUCGUUUUUAAUUCAUGUCAUUAUGACCUAUACCUUGUUUCUUGAAUGGUACAAUGCAAUCGAUCCAAAAAUUACUGUAGUUGGAGCGAUUAUUCUGAUGGUUUUCGUCUUGUGUUUAUUACUUCUCGCGUUCGGCGGCUUCGUCUGGAUGUUGCACGGAAAAUAUAAAAACGAAAAGGCAGAGACGGAGUUUUUCAUUUCACUCCCCCUGUUCAACAUCGCGUGUGCAACAAUCUAUCAAUUUGUUGUUCAACUUUUGGCAUCUCAAUUGUCAAUAAAAGUACCAAAUCUGGCGUCCUCAAUUGCGGCCUCUAUAUCAGUUGCAACUCAUAUGAUUCUUCAUACUUUUGCGCUUUUUUGGAAGUCACCAUUGAAAAAAUAAUUUCAACUGAUGAGAAAAAUAAUAAUUUUCAAAGAUUUUUUAGUAUUGAAGUCGAAUAUUGCCAAUGGCAUAACAACAUAACAUUUGAAUAAAUUUUAUGAAAAAUUAUACUUUCCAAA